AUGAAAGACUUUGAGUAUAAUGUCCAGACAAAUCGAGUUGUCUUUGGUUUCGGCAGUAUCAGAAAGGUCCCAGCUGAGAUCAAUCGGCUCCAUGUUUCCCGACCACUCCUCCUUUGCACGCCCGGGAAACGUAACCUCGCAGAUCAACUGUCCGAUAUUAUCAAAGAUGCUUCACUAGAUGUCGCUGGCAUCUUUCCCCACGCCACAGCACACACCCCAACAUCGGUGACGGAUCAAGGAACUGCCUUUCUUGACUCUGUCUCAGCGGACUGUGUCGUUUCCGUCGGCGGAGGCUCGGUAAUUGGACUCGGAAAGGCCAUCUCCAUCCGAUCAGGCCUACCUCACAUCAGCAUUCCAACGACUUAUUCAGGUUCGGAAAUGACUCCUAUUCUCGGAGAAACGCAAAACGGCAGCAAGACUACUCGAUCCGACCCUAAGAUCCUGCCUGCUGUGGUCAUCUAUGAUGUGGACUUGACCAUAACCCUGCCGCCCAUAAUCUGUAGCACAUCUGGAAUCAACGCCAUCGCCCACGCAAUCGAGGCACUCUACGCCCCAAAUGCCAACCCCAUCACCUCGAUACUAGCCCUUGAGGGCAUAAAAUCAUUGGCUGAGGCUCUGCCUCAAAUUGUCGAAAGCCCCGAUUCUAAGGCUCCUCGGGAUCAGGCUCUAUAUGGUGCAUGGCUGUGUGGCACAGUCCUAGGCAACUCAUCAAUGGGACUCCAUCACAAGAUAUGCCAUGUGCUCGGUGGAUCGUUCGGACUUUCUCAUGCUGAAACGCACACUGUUAUGCUUCCUCAUUCCUUGUCUUAUAAUGCGCCCUGUAUCCCUGAACAGAUGGCCAAGUUAGCCGCUGUUCUGCCUGGAAGUGAUGGAGAUGCUUCAAAGGGAUUGGAAUUACUCCUGAGAAAGCUGCCAGUACCCCACGGGUUGAGGGACUUGGGAAUGAAAGAAAGUGACAUUGAGAGAGCAGCUCAGAUUGCCACAAGUAACCAAUACCCCAACCCGCGACCUCUGGAGUUCAAAUGGGUUUUUGAACUACUGCGGCGAGCUUGGGCUGGGGAGCCUGGAAAAGCAAAUUUGCAGUAA